GAAGAGGAAGCAUACAUUAAUGAGAUUUAUGAUGCCCAUAAAAAGGAGUUACAAGAGGAAAAGUUACCAAUUAUAACUCGGUUUAUUAAAAACAAUGAAAAAUGGAUUGCAUUAUCCAGUCCAGGCCUUAUUCUUAUUUGUUGUCGAUUACUUCGUCCCCUCAAUCAGACAGGAGUUCAGUGGAUUCAUCGACCAGACUUUGGGCAUUGGUUGACAAGCUCUGAACACAAGGCAGAACUGUCAUUUCUGGUAGCUAUGUCUGCUUAAUUAUGAUAUUUAUUUUAAUUCAAGGAAAAUGCUCGGUAGUAUCUAAAGUGGCAUUGAUGUUUGGACUGUUAGGGGUGUACAGUUACCGAGCUGCUAUAGGACAUGUUUUGUAUCCAUGGCAACAAAAUACCAAAGAAAUUACAAAGGGAAUUACAGAAGCUCGUUUUGUGUACAUAUUUGUCCUUGGAAUUCUUAUCACUGGCAUAAAGGACCUCUUGACAUCACAUGUUCUAAAUGCAGAUUCAAAAGCUAAAGCUGUUGGCUUAUGGGAAAUUUAUAGUGGACUUAUUUUGCUAGCAGCCCUUUUGUUUAGACCACACAACCUUGUAGUUCUGGUUUUCUGCCUGUUGAUUCAGCUUAUUUUCACUAUGUUCAUCUGGAAGAUCUUGAAAUACGAUGCUGCUGAAAUCACGAUAAUGCAUUAUUGGUUUGGACAGGCUUUUUUCUUCUUUCAGGGUAACUCAAAUACUAUAAGUACUGUAGAUAUAUCGGCUGGCUUUGUGGGACUAGAUAACUAUGUUGAGUAUCCAGCUAUUUUCCUAACUGUUUUUGUGACAUAUAGCGGGCCCCUCCUUUGGACUAUGCACCUGCUUUAUCACCUCAGUGCUGAAACUAACUGGAAUUCCACUUCUGUUGCUCAUGGUUGUUACUGCUACGCAAUAAUUCGCUCCCUACCGGUCACAGUGUACAUUCUUCUGGUGACAGCUCUUCGUUACCACUUGUUUAUAUGGAGUGUUUUUUCUCCAAAGUUGCUCUAUGAAGUGAUACAUCUGUCUAUCUCGGCAGUAGUUUGUGCAGUGUUCAUUGCUGUAGAUAAGAAUCAAGUUAAUAAAUCUGAAGGCUGA